UUGGCGUCGAUGCUGCUGUCGCAGGACGUGCAGCAACCGCAGGACAAUAGCGAAGCAUUGUGGAGUCAGUUACCGUACCCCGGCUUGCCUUACGAACCGAACAGAGCUGAGAGACGAAAAGAUUCAAAGGAUACCGAUUCCAAGUACGCUUGCAACAGGUGCGGGAAAACUUACAAGGCCACCACGUCACUGAGUCGUCACAAGCGACUCGAGUGCGGCGUCGUGCCUUGCGAAGUUUGCCCCAUAUGCGAUCGAAGAUUCAAGCACAGAUUCGUCUUGAACUCGCACAUCGUUGGAUGCCAGAGAAAACUGCGGCACAUUAUCCAGAAAAGCGGUGACUCGCCGGUAUUCAACGAAGAACGAGAGUAACCGUUCCACGGACCGACGUCUUUCCAAAUUCGGCAAACGUCCCAGCAUUUUCAUUCGCCAACG